GGGAAUUAUGCAGCUGGCCGGCGCAAGCAAGAACAAUGUCUUCCGUGAGAGGGCGGACACGUUCAUUUCUCAUCCUGAGUCUAUACUAGUCUCCAGCGAUAGGGACACACCAAAUAAAAAUUGAUGCGCCUUCCAAUUUAGGAAAUACCAAAGUCCUUACAUAUUUGGAAUUAGUGUGGAGCCCCUGCCCUUCAACCACAAUAUUCUGACAUCUUCGAAGCGUUCGCAGAAUAACCCACGAUGCCCAAAAGAACAUCCGACGUGAUUGAUAUUUCUUCUGACGCGGAAACCGACGAACGGCCCGCGCCUGCCAAGAAAAUUGCGCGGGUUUUGAAAGACUCGGACGCGUCGUCGUCGAGCAAGCCGGCUUUAUCCAAGAAGGAGCUCAAGGAGAUGGAAAAGAGUGCUGAACGUGAGGCUGAGCUAGCUAGGUUUGAGGAGGAAGUAGACUCGGUACGUCAUUUUGGGGGCAGGGGAGAGGUCAAAAUCUAUGAUGACUGCAACGACAUUCGUCGCAAAAUCAAACAACUCCUCACUAAUCCCGGUUUCAAAAUUACUCACUGGCUUAAGGAAAUUGGUGACAUCAACAACAAUUCGUAUCAAAGAUUCAUGAAGGAAAAAGGGCCAACAGGGGGUGCAGCUAAUGGGACGUAUGAAGCUGCUUACAUUUACUUCGAAACGAAGCGCAUCAUGGAGGGAAAAAAGAAAACGGCGAAACGAGAGGCGAAUGAAGCGGCUUAUGGUUUUGGAAUGCCCCGAGAGGACAGAAAGCGUGGGGAGUUUUGUGGCCCCCUGCCCCCCACUGCUUUCGUGCGGAUAGUAAUGCAGGGCCAUGUAUAUACCACUGAAGAUUUAAAGCAGUGCUACAUUUCCAUAUCAGAAUGAUGGUCCAAAUGACACUUC